UUUGUUUCUCUUCAUUUCUCAUAGACCAAACUGGAAUAAAGAAAAAUGGACUAGAAAGAACAUUACAAUGGACUUAGAGAUUUUAAGUGCCCAGUAUUAGCUUUGUUCUUUCUGCCUUAAGUUGUAAACAGAUGCUUUGAGUUUAUGACAUUAGAUUUGUUACUAACAAGCUGACUGGGGAUUGUUACUAAUAAGCUUUAGAUAGGAGACCAAAAAAUGAGUGCUAUUGCUUCCUACCCCCUUUUACUCCCUCACUCCUUUCUUUCCUACAAUCUGGACUUUAAUCCAACUAAGAAAAAAUUUCAGUUUGCAGAACAGAUACAUUUACCCAGAAGUACUGCCGUGUAUAGUCCAGAGCACCUCUAUCAUUGGAGUAAUGUGGACCUGUGCAUUUAAUAAGCCACAAAUCAGUAGAAAAAAAACAACCAGGAAUAUUCUUUUUGGUAUCUGGAAAUGAAUAUGCCAGAAACCCAAGCACAGCUUCCUCAGUAAAGACCUUGGUUUUGGAAACAUCUUACCCCUUGGCAGCUCCCCAAGCUUCAGACUUGGCAGCAUCAAAGACACAGCGCAAGGAGGCAUUUUGGAGAUCAAAAAUGGGUAGAAAAGAUGCUUCCACUACAAAACUUCCUGUUGAUCAGUACAGAAAGCAAAUUGGUAAACAGGAUUAUAAAAAAACCAAACCUAUUUUACGAGCAACCAAAUUAAAAGCAGAAGCUAAGAGAACAGCAAUAGGCAUAAAGGAAGUUGGCCUCGUGCUUGCAGCUAUAUUGGCCCUCCUGUUGGCUUUCUAUGCUUUCUUUUAUCUCAGACUGUCCACGGGUGUUGACCCUGAUCUGGACCCAAACGAAGAUUAGCUGAGCAACAAUAAAGAAUAAUAGUUUUAUAAAAGCACCUUUUGGUACCAGUGCUUCCUGAAGUGAUGAAACUACAACAUGUUGCAUGUUUUAUUCUGGUACUUUCAGUUUCCAGAAAUGUCUUUUAAAAUAAUUGUAUAGGAUAUCAAGAAAAGAACUUCACCUGGCAAUGCUGUAUAAUGUAUGCUACCAGACACUUUUAUAAAUCUCUCUGGUUUGAAAAGUACCCUCUGUAUGAUGCAUUUAGACAAGAUGAAUAACUGAUCCUAAAUUCUUCAGAUUUCUUACCCAAUGUAUGGGUAUAACUCCUUCACGUACAGAUUACUACAUGUAGUUUUGUUCUAUAGACAUUGUAAGUAAAAGUACUGAGCUUAGAAUCAGCUCACUUUCAGAGCUAAAAAGGAAUGAAAAUGUUUUCUUUCACAAAGAAACCCCGCUUUCUUUCCAGACACAUUUUAUAUCAUUAGCGAGACUCUCUGCACGUACAUCUACAGUAAUCUUGUUCCUUCUUUGCCAACUGUUCAGUGCACAUGUGCUUCGUCAGAAAUGGCACCUGGAUGACAGAAGCUCAAAGAGUCACAUAUGUCUCUCAAAUAGAGUCCCUUUCCUCUUGGGCUGUCUGAACUGGUGUAAAUAGAAAGUUCAGUUGAUCUUGAUUUUAAUUAACUGAUUACUCUAUUAAUAUAAACUUGGAAUUCUAUUUUAAUUAUGUUGUUCUGGCUGCCUACAAUAUCAGUUUGCCCCUCUUGUUAGGGAGCGAUGUAACAAUCUGUCAUUUAAUUGUGCAGUCUUUUUCACAGCAGAGAAAUAGCGGAAGUCUUACCUCCAAACAUCUCCUUGGAUUAUGCCCUAAAGCUGAACAAUACAAAGUUGUUUUGGAAAAUUUCAUUCUGUCUCUUAAAAGUUAAUCCUAUAGAACUCUCUAAAAACUAGAGAAAUAAAUGAUAGAAGAAAAUGUAUGUCUUCUAUUACUCUCAUAUGUAGUUUUCUGUUUAUAUAGUUUUCAAUGUAUUUUGCAUUUGUUGGAGCAUAAUGACCAGGAAACUUAAUAUUUUUAUUGGUAAUUAAACUUUAGUGGUUUUUUGAAACACAUGAAUACAUAAAACUGAAAAAAUUGGAAAAUAUCUUUUCAAAGAGUGUUUAGCUAUUUCAUUACAUACAUAGGUAUAGAAAAUGGAUAGUUUGAAAUAUAUACUCAGAGAAAUAUUUUAUAAUGUGUAUAUUGUAUUUAUGAAGAACAAAUACAAUAUUAAGAUUGUUUCCUUACUGGCCAAGGGACAGAAGCUUUGAUAAAUACCCAAGACGUGUAUGGGGCUUAAUAAGCACAAUUUUUUUUAAAAAAGGAUAUUCUUUGGUACUUUUACAAAAAGUUGAAGUUGAUAGUGUAGUGCAACAUUGUAGAAUUUUUUAAAGUAGCAUAAUUUAUUUUAUCAGUGUGAAAACAGCCAAAGAUUCCAAUUUUCUUAGAGAUUAUCUGUGCCAAACAUCUGAGGGCAACAUUUAACCAGUGUUAUUUACUUGAUUCUUCCUCUUGAACUCACAAACUCAAGAGACAGAUCAAGAGUUCUUAUGUACUCACCACAGUGGACCAAUCCAAGUGGCAUUUUUAGGAAAGGUUGCAGCAUUUUAUGCCAUGUGGUAUGUCUGUUCGCAAAGUGGGAGGCAAGGGAAUAUCCAAGCUGGCAUUUUGGAUAUGAUGGGCCUUUUACUUUCCUGAGUGACACGCCACAUGUCAAGAAAUACUGCUUUCCUCCACUCCUAUCGCAUUUACGUGAACAAUUUUCAUUUAGUUAUUUCCUUCCCAUAUGGUGUUAAAAACAGUCAUAUUAAAUAAAGAUUACUUCUGGUUUUCAGUGGUAAUUUAAAUAAGAGGAUAUGUAAUAAUUGCUUAUUAGAUGCCUAUCCAAGUGAGAUAGUAACAAAGUUUACGGUAUAUAAAAGAGAUGACUAUACUUUUGGAAAUGCUUGAAAAUUCAUCAUUCUGAGAAAAACUUUACCAUUCUGUUUUACUUGUGAGGUGUUCUUUUGUGGGAAAAAGUUGUUGUUAGUAAUAAAUAUUAAUCUAAAUAUAGCAUAAUUAUAAACAAGUUUCAUUGCCUAGUUUUAUUAAUAUCCUGAGCCUAUACAUAGUCCAUUUGUAUAACAGAUUGAUUUCUAAUGGCCCCAGAGAACCAUAAAUCCCAAAGGCUUAAAGCUUUGAUUUAAUUAAAUAGCAGGUUAAGUGAGACAAUACAGUAUAUGUUUAGACACUGUUUUUAUGAAAUUCAAAUUUCAUUCAAAAUUCAAAAAGUCACACUAACUGGGAAACAGCCAAUCAUGUGAAGAUAAAUCCCAGACUGAAAGUCUGGUUUGAAUCUUUGAAGACAGAAAGGUGAUUAUCUUUCUGAUGUUUCAGGGCACUACACUUUUGAAUAGUGAGUAGUGUUUGGCAUAAAUCUGAGCCUGGCACCAGGUAAAUAUUAGACAUGGCUAUUUCCUCUACUGUAAGCAGGAAACAAAACCAGAAAAAAUUAUGAUGACUUUUCAGAAUGUUAGAACCGACUUGUUAACAUACUCUGCAAAAUAAAUUUCUAACUUGAGACUUAAAAUAUGGCCUAUGGAAUACUAUGAAUGGAGUAUGAAGGGUUGCUACUUCUUAUUUUGCAUUCAAGUCUAGACUAGGGUAAAGAAUACAUAAAUUUAUUUGCAAGGAGAUAUUAUAAAAAUAUAAUAUCUAAUAUUUAUUUUGAGACAAACAAAAAUCCUUUAGUACAAAUACAAGGUUAGUUGUUUUAAGGGAACAAAAAUACUUCAAACUCCUGUUCAAUUUUUUCACAAAGACAGAAGAAAUAACUCUUAUCCUAAUCAAUGAUUAUAAAAUGCUGAGGGUAUGUUCUUACUCAUUUCUGUCAUUCCAAUAGUGUAGUAAUCUGCACAUAAAUAUAAUAUAUACCUGCUAAAAUGAAAGUUAAUAUAUUUUAGUCCUUUCAGAGUCUGGAAAAAUUCUGUGUAUAUAGUAGAUAAUCAAAAAUUGCUUAAAUUUAAUAAGUAAAACAUAAGCAUCACAGUAUUGAUCAACUCAGCAUUAAACAUGUAUAGUCAUUGGUUGUUGUUUCAUCCUACUUCUCUUGAAGAUUAAAAAAAUUAGUGUUAAGUUUGCCACAAAAUAGAAACAUUGACUUUUCUAGAAAAUCAAGUACGUAUGUUUAUUUUAAAACAUACUUCAUGGCUAAGUUCAAUUUAGCAUAUGCCUUCACUCCAAAAAACUAAAACUAAAUUUUUAUCAUAACAUUUAUAUGAAUAGCAAUGUACUCAAUUUUUGCAGAUUCUAAAAUAUAAUGAAUGAUAAGUCCAUAAAGGGAACUGUGCUUGAGAUAAGCUUUAGAAAUAAACUUUCAGAAAUUCAACUUAUCCAAUUUUAAGGUAUUUCAUCCAAAACAUGCUUAUUUAGCCACAGAUUACCUAAAAUUCAUGUUCUCUCCUUAACAACAAUUAGACUUGUCACUUACCUGGGACUUCUCUGGGAUGAUUCCUACCACUUCUCCCUGAGCAGCACUGCUUUCUUUUAUUAGAACUAGUCCAAUGCAGCCUACUUAGAAUGGUUUUUUUCCACUGACACUAGAUCUAGAAUCAGUAGAACCCACAUUAAAAAAUUUUUUUAAAGUAGUAGAUGAAGUCAAUACCUACAAAAACAUUCUUACCAUUUUGUUCAGGGUAAUAUAGUUAAGUAUUGAGGGAACUGGGAAAGUCAUGUAAAGAACUAUGCCAAUGUGGAAAUGCCCGUACUGGAUCAGUAAUUCACUUAAAACAAUUGAACUGCAGCCGUAUUCAGUGUACUGCCUCCUUGUUACACAAUUUUUUAAACCCCUAGCAACAGAUAUGAGAUCCUCAUUUUAAGAAAAAAAUAAGAUACUCUACAUGCCAGAAGAUUUUUUGAUGACAGUACCCCCUCCUAUUCUUCAUUUUUUAAAACAACCAAAUUGGUGGGGAGGCAGCCAAAAUUUGAGGUACCAAUGCUUCUCGAACAGAUGUCGCACCAUUAUUUUUUAGCUCGUUUAGAUGAAUAAACAUGUUAAACUGUGAAGUAUUACAUUUUAGAUUUUUUCAUUAAAAAAAGAGACAAUCUGUUUACUGUCCUAAUUGAGACAACAAUCCUUGUGGUUGCCAAUUUUGGCAGUCAUAACAAUGAACUAUAAAUAUUUGGACCAAUCAAGUAAAUGGUGAUUCUACAGGCUAUAGCAUGUGUAAAGCUCUGUUUUCACGGGCACCCAUCUUAGUAUGACAUUUUUUUCCUGACUUCUUCAAAUACAAUUGUUUGUGUGAAACUGAAGUUUCAUGCUAAGACUAAAAGAAAUUGAUUUCAAUAUCUAAUUUCUUUCUAGUUUGUCAUCCUUUUUAGUGUUCAACUAUCCAUCUGCUUGUAACAAAUUGCUUCUUCAGUUGUGCUGCUGAAUGUAAGAAGGCAGAUAUUCGUUGGUUUGCCUGCUCUGUAUGUCCUAGAAUACCAUAAAAUUCAGAGGUGGUAUCUCUUUUUAAGCUUUUUUUAUAUUUACAAUGUGAUUUUAAUGGUAUUUUAAAUCUCUUAAAUUGUAACGCUUAGUUCUGUAAAGUAAGGUUUUAUGAAUAAACGGUGGUGGUUGCAA